UGUGGGCGGGGUCAACGGAUUGAGGCGUGUUUGUUGCGUCAUCAGCUUGCGUCGCAGAUUCAAAGAUCCGUGGAAAGUUUACACACGACCAAACGCUCGUUUUGUUUUUACCACAGAUUUACUUUCUCAAAUGAAUAUGUUGCCUCAUCCAGCGGUGUUUCACCUCCCAUGGGAGAUCAACGCAUUGACAGAGGGAGCAUCCGUGCGAACGUAUGGCAGACUUACAAGCUACCAGCCAGAGGAGUCCAGAGUCGUUCUUAGCGCCCAGCAGUCAUCCAAAAAGUGCCAGGUGUCUGUGCGAACAACAUUUGUUGAACCUUUUCAUCCCAUAUAUGGAGCUCAGUAUCUUGUUCUUGGAGAGGUUGAAAAGACUGAGGGUGUUAGUGAAGUUGUGUUGUGUGCACGUGCUCUGAAUUGUGUUGAUGGUGUAGACCUCGCAUUAAUUCAACGGGCCAUUACGGAGCAGAGAUGCUUCUUUGAGGAGAGAAGACCUGAGAACAGUGUGCAAGCUUCCCAAAAUGAGAACCCUCAUCCCCCCUAAAUGUAAAAGAAACUAUGUAAUGAUGUCAUCAGAAACCAGAGCCACUGAAAGAGAGUUGCGACAUUUGGAACAGAUUUACAGCAAUGUCAAAUCAUGGAGCCUCUUAAAGUUCCCGGAUGUUACUGCGAGCCCCAUAGAACUGCAGCAGAACAGAUGAUUGUGAUCAACUUUUUAAAGGUUUUAGCACAUAAAACGUUAAAAGAAAAAGAAUGUAUGUUAGCACCACAUCUGAAUCAAUCACUUUGUGC